AUGGAAGGGUCUGUGAGGAGCCUUAGGCAGCCUGGCGGCCCUGAAGUGAGCAAUGCUGACGUCUUCCAGGUCCAUCACGUGGCUCAGGAGCGCUCUCAGUCGGGGCGAAAGACUGCCGUUACUUCCUCGGCACCGACCGGAACGGCCGCCGUGAGAGCAAUGCAGCGGUACGUGGGAAAGAAGGCCCCUCGGCCGAGCGCAGCGGUGGCGCGGCAAGUCAGAGCCCAGAAACAGAGCGCCGAGAAGAGAAGGGGCACGGCAGAAGAAGACGGGGAAAGCGCACCAACGGCUGACUCUGUAACGGUUGUGACGAGUAAGCCCCAGGUCAUUCCGGAGGGGCCAACAGCAGAGGUAGAAGAAGACGAAGCAUACCAGGUCUGGGGCACCCAAGUGUUCAAAGUACGAGAAGUCCGGCGGCGGUCGUCCGGGAACGGAACCAGAAACGGAAGCGGAAACGGAAACGGGAAUGCGCGGCGGCCCAGUCUGGACCUGAGCAGCGUCCCCAGCGCCCCAUUAGAGGAUCAGGAGAACAUCCACGUUCUAGGGGAGGUCAGCUCGAGGCUACUUGGACCCCCCCAGAAGAAAGGGGUGGUUGCAGUAAAGGCGAAGGAGUUCAGCUUUGCUGACGAGGCGCUGGAGCGAGCGGUGCCCCCACCGCCCCGAUAUCCGCACCAGCCAAAGAAGAAGGUGCAGCGAAAAGUGGCAGGCCAGACUGGGGGGUUCUCGCGAGCAAGCAGUGUGUGGGAUGAGAAGUCCGUGAGGAGUCUGCACGAGCGCCCACUUUCCGCCCGCCCCACAACGGGCGUCCGUGUCGAGGCCUCGGAAUGGUUCCGCCCACAAUCGGCAAGAGGAGCAAACCAGAGUGAGAAGGAGAGGAGAACUAGGCUGGGCCAACAUGUCCAGAGCUCCGCCGCUCAGCGCCCGCUGCCCGUCGCUGACUGGCUGAGAGAACAGGAGGAGCUCGACUCGUCCGGCGCCGAGCGCGCGUCCGAGAGCCCGAGGGCGCGCGCGCUGCUCGCGAGCAUUCGAGGCCCCCUCAGCCCCAACCAGACGUCGGAUUCGUACGUCCAGAGAUUGGAGCGGAUGCUGGUCUCGCUUCGGGGGGAGCUGGAAGGCAGGGGCGGAGGGGGGGGCGUGAGAAACCUGCACGAAGAGGCCGAGGGACAAGUGGCUGAGAUGGAUAGAACGGAUGGAGUGUUCAGGGCUGCCAAAGUGGCCUCUCCGGAGAAGCAAAGUGAGCAGGAGGGAACACGGAGCGUGCUGGAAGAACGGACGAGAAACGAGGGAGAGCUUGAUGUGGGAUUGAGAGAGAAAGAACAUCGAGAAGGUGGAACCAGCGACGCGGAAGCGUCGAGGGGUAGCUCCCCGAGACCGCGCUGGCAGCUGCCUUACGGCGCGGUGGUUCGGAAAGACGAGAGCGUCAAAAGAGAGAAACCGAUGCCCAGCAAAGAGAGCGUAGAAGACGUUGCACAGCGGCACGAUCGAAUAGCUCGGAGGACCGCUGCCUCUGCGAAUGCGGUUACUAGAUCGGGGGAGGAACAGGGAUCAGAUGAAGCAGCAGAACUGGCGAUAGAAGAAACUCGAGGUGAAGACUUGAGACACGCGUGGCCCGAGCUUUCUGUGAGGGAGGAAGAUUACAGGCGAGCGCUGGGGAUUGCGCCGGGUUGGGAUGCCAACAGCCCAAUUGUCGAAGAACGGGAAGGGGAUUCGGGUGGCGAAGAAACUGAGGGGGAUGAUAGGACUAAGUUGAACGAAGGCUCUGGACGAAGGGCAUCUCGAGGGGGCGAGAGAGGGAGUGCCGAAGAAGCGGUUCCGAGUACGAGCAGGAGAAAGAACUUCGAAAGAGGUUCCUAUGAGGAUGGACGUUCACAAGGGAGGUGUGGUCCCGUAAACGGCGCUCGAGACAUGAGGAGACGCGGAAGGUCCGACAGUGAAGAGGAAUGCGACUUAGGAAACCGAAAUGGAAGGGGGGUCGAGAGGAAAACAAGAGAGGCGGAGCAAAGGGGGUCCUCUUGGAAGACCGGAGUCUGGGAACACGUGGCGGGGCCGGGGAUGAGGGGCGGAACGGAUGCUGACGUCAUUGCUGACGUGGAUUCUGGCAGCCAGAGGGGAGAAGCACCUGUGAAAAGCAGGCAUAGAAAGAGUGGGGGAAAGGAAGCAAACAAGUGGGGAAAGUCGGGCGAAAAGGCAGAAGAUCCAUACCGGGGUCAAGCUGACGACAGCCGGUCAUCAGCCAGUGACGUCAGCGAUUCCGGAGAGGACGAGUCGCCUCGUUGGGCGGAGCGGAGCCGGCCGCGUGGGGGCGCUGACCGACUAUACGACAGCAGCGCUUAUGACGACGACCCGGGGCAGCUCCUGGAGCCGAACUACUACUCCGACGGCGAAGGCGACCACCAUACGGCAUACGCUAUGGAGCGGAGGGGCGCGUAUUUGAACGGGACUGCCCCCCAACAGCGGCCCAGAUCCGCACGGACAAUCGGGCGCCCAUGGCAGGAGGACAGCCCGAGAGCCUCAGAAGGGGGAGCCAGCGAACGGAGCUUUUCAAGGGGAGUCGAGAGAGUGACAUAUUCCGGUGGGGUUGAAAGAGUGACGUUUCCGGGGGGGGUGAAAGGGCCGUACCAGCUGGCGACGGAGCACAGCUGUCACAGAAACUGUGUGAGGUACUUGGGGGUACCUCGUGGGGCGACGGUUCCCCAGCCAUUCAGAUUCGAUGAGAGGGAACGGUUGCGGGAGAGGAGCAUCGCGGAGAAGCGCACAGCGCAGGAUCUCGCUCUCAAAGACGAGGUAGACUGGUACCUAACCAAGAACCACUUCAAGGCCAACCCACUUCCCCGGUCGACCGUGCUCCCCCGUUACGUCAAGCUGACGGCGGCCAGAGAGAAGAGGAGGCGGGAGGUGCACACGCAAUCGCUGGAGCUGAUGCGGUCGAGGGAGAAGCCCUUCAGCUUCUAUAAUCGAGACACGCUCAGCCGUACACGUGGCCUCGCGCAGUCCGCCGAUCUUGAGGCUGCCAAGCAGCGGGGGCCCGCCUUCAAAGCCAACCCGGUACCCGCGGCGGUCAAGGAAAAGAAGUUUGACUCUUUGAUGAAAGAGAUGGGGGCCAGAAAAGAGCUACGCAAGCGGCGCGCAUUGGAAGAGCUGAAGAACUCGCGACUGCCGCCCCGCAUGGAAAUGCACGAGAAGGGCAAACAAACCGCGCCGCCGCCCAAGCUCUUCAUUGAGGAGGAAGCCAGCUUCAGACCACGUGUGAAGACAGCCGUUCCCGACUUCGAGAACCUCCAGCGGCGCUUCAAGGCGUCCCUCGAGCGCGCACGCGCGGAGCUACCGGUCACCAAGUCCGAGGCGUUUAGCUUCUACGAGAAGCCCAGCUUGUCCGCCCGGAAAAAGGAGAAGAUCGCCCGGGACAUUGACCAGGACGAGGAGCGGCUGCCGGAGCAGCGGUGGCCCUUCAUGGCGCCCAGAACAAAGACCCAUCCGACCCCUCCCCCGGCAUUUGAGCCGCCGGCGUUCGCCCCAGCCAAAACACUGGCUGUAAAACUAAAGGAGCUCAAGGUCAAGGAAGAAAUGGAGCAAGGCUUGUACGACAACCGGGAGGAGAAGGAAAAGCGGAAGGCCGAGCAACGAAAGAAAGAAGACCAGCGGCGAAAAGCCCUGUGGGAGUCGUUCCAGCGGCAAAACAGCAGCAGGCUGAGCAAGUCGGGCUCGUACAGGGCCUCUCGAAAGAAGGGCACGUGGAGAGGGUGGGACGGCCUCUCACUAGAUGGUCCGUCGUCCGAUAUGCAUCGAACGGCCAGGAUGAAGCAGGAAGAAGAGCGUGCGCGUGAGAUCGUCGAGCAAGCCCUGAUGGACAACGGGCUGCCGUUCUCCUUGGACGAGAUCCUCGACUGCUGA